CAUUUGAAAACCAGAUGAUGAACGCCGUAGCCAGCAGAGCCUCCCCUGCAAUCUCCAAGGCUUUGGACACCAAGCAAUUCAUCACUGAGGGCUUCAGCUCCUUCACUCAGCUCAAGCACGCCCACGCCCGCCUCCUCCGCCUCGGCCUCGACCAAGACCACUUCCUUCUCAACUCCCUCUUACGCUCCGCCUUCGAUUUCGGAAACCCCAUCUACGCCUCUCUCGUCUUCAACCAAAUCACCCAGCCCAAUAUCUUUCUCUUCAACACAAUCAUCCGGGGAUUGGUUUCGGUAGAUUGUUGCGACGAUGCAAUUGGAUUCUAUGGCUCAUUGCGGAAACAGGGCUUGUUCCCGGACAGCUACACUUUCCCAUUUGUUCUCAAGGCCGGCGCGAGGCGUUUGGACUUUGAGUUGGGGUUGAACGUUCAAGCACUUGCGGUCAAGGCCGGUUUCGACUUUGAUGUGUACGUGAAAACCAGUUUGCUUGCGCUGUACGCGAAAUGUGGCUAUAUGGAACAUGCGCAUAAGGUGUUCGACGAGUUGCCUGAGAAGAAUGUUGUUUCGUGGACCGCGAUGGUUUCUGGGUAUAUUGGAGCUGGGAGGUGUAGGGAAGCUGUUGAUACGUUUUUGAGGUUCUUGGAGAUGGGUUUGAGGCCUGAUAGACUUGUACUUGUGAGGGCUUUAUCGGCGUGUAGUCAGUUGGGGGAUUUACGAAGUGGGGAGUGGAUAGAUGGUUACGUUACGGAGAUUGGGAUGGUGGGAGAUGUGUUUGUGGCCACUUCUCUGGUUGAUAUGUAUGCUAAGUGUGGGCACAUGGGGAGAGCGCGAUCUGUGUUUGAUGGAAUAGCUGAGAAGGAUGUAGUUGCUUGGAGUAGCAUGAUUCAGGGAUAUGCGUCGAAUGGGUUUCCUAAAGAAGCCGUAGACCUCUUCUUUCAAAUGCAGAGGGAGAAUUUGAAACCGGAUUAUUAUGUGUUGGUUAGCGUGCUUUCUGCUUGUGCUAGAUUAGGAGCUCUAGAGCUAGGGGAAUGGGCUAGCAAUUUGGUGGAUAGAAAUGAAAUAUUCAAUAACCCUGUCCUCGGUACUGCUCUGAUUGACAUGUACGCGAAAUGUGGGAGCAUGGUGCAAGGUUGGGAGGUCUUUAGAGGGGUGAAGAAGAAAGACAUUGUGGUUUGGAAUGCAGUGAUGUCGGGAUUAGCUAUGAAUGGACAUGUCAAAGCUGUGUUCGGACUAUUUGGGCAAGUGGAGAAAUUUGGAGCUAGAGCUACUGGGAACACUUUCAUGGGGUUGCUUUCUGGAUGUUCUCAUGCUGGUCUGGUUGAUGAGGGUCGUAGAUUUUUCAAUAACAUGACUAGGGGCUAUUCCUUGACUCCUAUGAUUGAGCAUUAUGGAUGUAUGGUGGAUCUUCUUGGCCGUGCGGGCUUGUUGGAUGAAGCUCAUCGGUUGAUUAAUAGUAUGCCAAUGGAGGCAAAUUCUGUUGUUUGGGGAUCACUAUUAGGUGGAUGUAGGCUAUAUCGGGAUACUCAACUGGCUGAACUCGCAUUGAAACAACUCAUUGAGCUCGAACCAUGGAACUCGUCUUAUUAUGUUCUUCUCGCAAAUGUUUACUCCGCAAAUCAGAAAUGGGACGAGGCAGCCAACAUUAGAUCAGGAAUGAAUGACCAAACCCUGAAGAAGGUCCCUGGCUGCAGCUGGAUCGAAGUAAACAGGGUUGUUCAUGAAUUUUUCGUGGGAGACAAGUCCCACGAGCUCUCCGACAUAAUCUACGCAAAACUCGACGAGCUGGCCAAGGACAUCAAAGCAGCCGGUUACGUUCCCACAACAGAUGUCGUGUUGUACGACAUAGAAGAGGAGGAGAAGGAGCAUAUCCUCGGCUGUCACAGCGAGAAGCUAGCCGUUGCAUUUGCUCUCAUCGCCACAGGCCCCCAUGACACCAUUCGAGUUUCAAAGAACCUCCGCGUAUGCGGCGAUUGCCACCAAGCCAUAAAGUUUAUCGCCAAGAUCACAGGAAGAGAGAUCAUCGUCCGAGACGCUAACCGAUUCCAUCGCUUCUAUGAUGGCUCAUGUUCAUGUAAUGACUAUUGGUAAAAAUUU